GAGACUCUGACUCAAUCCCGCUGUCGGCCUUUUUUCUGCCCUGGCGGUGAACGAAUCACUCUGAAUCACGUGGUAUCUGGCAACCCUUCCCCGAAGAAACCCUACCGCCUGCCCCAUUUUAGUAUAGCCUCGCCUGACGUCACUGUUCUGCGCAACAUCCUUCCCCAGGUCACCUGUUCGAGCGCCAGUGCAUCGACACGCGAGUGACCGGAUUCGAAGCCAUCCCAUGAUGUAUCUGCACUACCGCAACCUUGAGCCGAACUACGUUUCGCAGUCAGAAAAUGGGUAAUAAGCGCCACGCGGCCCUGUCCAGCUCCAUCCAGCGGGCCAUCUUCCGCGACCCCGCCAGCUUUCGCAAGACGCUUAUCGGCCGCUUCCUCGCCUUCUUCACUAUCUUGUACAUCAAACUCAUCCGCUACGGACACGUGCAAUUUCAGAAGCUGCGCAAUGAGGUCUGGCAGAUUGAUGAGGAGGAGUACAAAGCCAGUUUUCGCAAUGACAGCAAGAAGACGGUGCCCUUAAAGCCCAUGGGCGACCUGGGGCUGUCCGGGUCGACCUUCUUCAGCACCUCCAACUCGUGCUUUCUGAUCAAAAGCCUCCCGCGACACUUCGAACAUUCCUUCUUCCGCGAAGAGCUGCUCGACCCCUACUACAACUACAUGACGGAACACCCCGAGUCCCUGCUGGUCUGGAUCACCGACUACGUCUACUCGCCGUAUUGGACGCUCGGGAACCUGGUGGGCACGACGCCCGCCCACCACAUCAUCAUGGAGAACAUGCUCUGCGGCCGGGACACUGACCCGGCGGCGGACAAGUGGGAGACCUUUGAUCUGAAGCCCGUUGACUAUUUCUACCCCGAACGCGACCUGGUGCCUGACCCGCUCGUCAGCAAGACGACGCUGAGCAAGAUUGCCGACGAAUUCGCUGACAAGGUUCGCAUCAGCCAGUCGCAGUACGUCGCCCUCAUGCAGACCCUCGAGGCCGACACGCAUUUCCUCGAGGUCGCCAACGCGGUGGACUACUCGCUCUACUUGGUUCGCUUUCCGGCCUCGUCCACCCCGGACAUCGUCGGGAGGCCCAGUCCGUGGCGGAUCGGGUUGGAGUCUGCUGAUGGGAAGUGGAAAUACCGGGCCGUCGUUUUGGAUUUCUUCUGGGCCCGGCACAAGCUGCAUGCCCAGGCCAUGACGGGAGUGAUCCAAACCUUCAAUGUGAUUGGGCGCCAGGGACCCAUGACCAUUACAACCACUCCAGAUGAGUACAGGAAGAAGUUCUUGACUAUGGUGAAAGCCAUGAUUGAAGUACACGAAUAAUUCUGCCGAGAGAACCGAAUACACCAUAAUGUCUAUAUCUUCACAGCCAGAAUUCUAGUGAUAUCAUAUCGUUUGAUGGGCCAAGUAAACCGUGGCCCGCUCAUUUCGAAUCGUUUCGUUGUAGGUAGUUUUCGCUUGUGCGCAUUCACUCAUAAAACCGUAUAUCUGCAAUCCCAGGAUAAUUGACAAUACAGCCUUUCAUGACGCGACGUU